AUGGCUAGGAAAAAGUUGAAAGAUAUGACAGAACUAGAGAAGGCAGCGCAUUUGGAAAAGCAACGACUGGCAGCUGCAUCUGCGGCAAAAAAGAAGAAUGAGUUAUUACAGCAUUACCUUAAAAACAAACUAGAGAAGGAAGAAAAAAUGACAAAGCUAAAUAAUUAUAAGGUUAACCAUCAGUGGAGAAUUUUGCUGCGUGAAGCUAAGUCGAAGGAAAUGAAAAAAGAUUUGCAGAUAUUGAAAAGUACAUUCGAGCGAGUUAAAGAUAGAAAAGAUCAAAUACUAAGAACACUGGACAUUGAGUUAGCUCAAUCUGAAGAACAGUAUAUGAUGUCUUUGCGUGAUCAUCUGCGCAAUAUGGACUUGUUUAUUAAGAUAGAGAAAACGUACAUGGUGACACGCCAUCGGCAGCAGAUAGACGAACUGAAAGACACAUAUGUAGCCUUUGAUAAGUAUUUUUUACAAAAGGAGCAAAUCGCCAGGAGUGAGUAUGGCAGCAUCCGGGACGAGAUGAAAAAUAAGGCAAUCGAAAACAAGCAUGCUUUGCGGAUGGCGCUUGAGAAGAAGGUGAAUGCUCUUUGGGGAGAAUUUACCACACUUAAAACAAAUUACCUCAAGGCCACAGAAGAGCGUCGAUCCUACUACGAGGUGCUCAAAAAACGCAAUGACCAAUCUCUUAAAGAUAUUGAAUAUCAAAUGUCACAUUUAAAAACGGUCAGUUUCAAAAUCGUCGCAUUGAAAACCCAUCUGGGGAAGAUCCAGGAGGAGUACAAAGAAAAAAACCGCCUACUUGGUGAUGAACGCGAGCGUCUAUCGGCUCACUUUCUUGAUCUUAAGCGUCAAAUAAAUGAGCUACGUGAUCGACAACUAAUGAAACUGACGGAUAUGGUUAAUGUGAGCAACUCGGUUCACAACGCCCUAAGUGAGAUGGUUAAGCAGGCCAACAUAAUAAUUGGACUUGGGGAGAAGUGCCGCCACUUGGAGUCGGAGGAAGAAAAAGUUCUCCCUUUUUACGUCUCCUGUCUGACUCAGGAGGAUGAGAGAGAACUUGCGGAUAGAUGUGACGCUGAAGAAGAUGCGGAAAUUAAAGCAAUGCUAAAGCUCUAUGAACCGCUUGACACAUUUUGGCGCCGCUUUAGCAAAGUUCAACUGGAAAAGUUGGCUUUACUUAAAGAGCAUCAAAUUUUGGAAGUAGAAAACCGUCAUUUGAAAGCUUUGAUUGCUCGGUACCUGGAAAAUUUGUCAGUUAAUGAAAAGAUUAUGUCAGAACCCAACAGCCUUCUCAUAAUCAACAGCAGGCAUAACCUCACUGUCGACCCUGCUAUACGGGAUGGCAAGAGACGUCCUGUGGCCACAAUCAAGUUGGAAGGUGCUCUGGUGGCUAAAGAAGGAGGCACUUUGUGUCAAGAAUUUUGA